AGCGUGACGUAGGAGGAAGGAGACGCCAUUAGAGGGAGGCGGAGAAGGCCGCGCUCUCGGCCUUUCCCCGGGGCGCGCCCGACGUGCCGGCCUUUCCGGGGCUCGCGCCGCGGCGGCGGCUGUGGGGAGCGAGCGCGGCGCGCUGCGGGGCGCGGGCUACCGGGGAGCGCCGGGAUGGCGGCGGCGACGGGCGGGGGCGGCGGCGGCGGCGGCGGCGGGGGCGGCGCGGCGGCCGGCCGAGCCUACUCCUUCAAGGUGGUGCUGCUCGGCGAGGGCUGCGUGGGGAAGACGUCGCUGGUGCUGCGCUACUGCGAGAACAAGUUCAACGACAAGCACAUCACCACGUUGCAGGCAUCAUUCUUAACAAAGAAGUUAAAUAUUGGUGGGAAAAGAGUAAACCUUGCUAUAUGGGAUACUGCAGGUCAGGAGAGAUUUCAUGCAUUGGGUCCAAUUUACUACAGAGACUCAAAUGGAGCUAUUUUAGUCUAUGAUAUAACAGAUGAAGAUUCUUUUCAGAAGGUAAAAAACUGGGUGAAAGAAUUACGGAAAAUGUUGGGAAAUGAAAUCUGUUUAUGUAUAGUCGGUAAUAAAAUAGAUUUGGAAAAGGAGAGACAUGUUUCCACUCAAGAAGCAGAAUCGUAUGCAGAAUCUGUGGGCGCAAAACAUUAUCAUACUUCAGCCAAACAGAACAAAGGAAUUGAGGAACUCUUUCUUGACCUUUGUAAAAGGAUGAUAGAAACAGCACAAUUGGAUGAGAGGGCAAAAGGCAAUGGUUCCAGUCCACAAGGAACUGCAAGGCGAGGGGUGCAGAUCAUCGAUGAUGAGCCUCAGGCCCAGAGUGCUGGUGGAGGCUGCUGUUCUUCUGGAUAACUAUUCACACCGAAGAGAAGAAAAUGAACUGUGCAUCAUUGCCCUCAACAUGAAGACUGCCAUAUUCCAAGUCACAUUAUUUUACCAAUGGAAUUAUAGAAUUAACAGUAUUUUAAAUUACGUUUAUAACACUGCGGAGACCUAAAGUGCUAAACUUAGUGGAGUUUGUGACCAGAGAAUUGGCAUUUUCUACAAAUGUUAAUAAAGCAAUUACCAAUGGCCUUUUUACAUAUUUUUUUCUUUAAUAAGGAAUAAUAUGCAUGUAGAAAAGACCUACUUAAAGGCUUCAUUUAUAUUCUUUUAAAUCAAAUCUUUAUUUAAUAACUUAUAUAUGUUGUUGGAAUGGUAUACAUUUUUUCAGCUCUUUGUAUUUUGUGGUAGUUUUAAUUGUAUCACUUCUAAAUGGCAACCUGUUUCUGUUUUUUGUUUUUGUUUUUUAAUUAGCAGAUACCUGAAGUACUAUUUUUGCAGGGUUUGCACAGACCCCUAACUAUCUACUACUUUGAUAUAAUCUAUAUACAUCCUGUAUGCUGAGCUGGUAAAAUAUAUUGUAAAUUCUGCAUUAAAUAUUUUAUCUGCUUUUACAAGAGCAAGGUGCAAAAAUAUAUACAAUAGUUUGAUGACUGUCAUUUGAAUUAACAUUUGGUGAUAAAGCCGAAGCUUUUGACUCUGAUAUAAAGAUCAUAGCUCCCCUUUACUUUUGUCUUAACUUGAAAGUGGUGUGUUUAAAUUUUCACAUAUACAUUACUUAAAUUUUUGCUGUUGUCACUUUUUUUGCCUUUGUAAGUCCAGCAGCUUUGCCUUUGGUGUUUGUUUUUUUGUUUGUUUGUUUGUUUUUGAAUAAAAGCGAUAAGAGAUAAGUUCUGCUGAUUCUGCUUUAGAACAGUUACCAUAGAUGUAUUUGAGGGGAGCAUGCUGGAUUUCACUUCUGCGAUGGUUAUUGUUUUCUCUUAGACUUUUCAUGGCUCACUGGUAUGAGAUGAAACAGAGGGGAGUCCCUCAUAGUGGCCACUCACCAACAUUCAUUCAUAUAUCAUGUUGGUAUUUUAUGUUUCUGAGACAGCACUUUUUAAUCUUUUGUGAAUAAAUUGUAUUUGUUCAUUGCUUUCCAGAGAUGAACACAGAAAGUUCUGUUUUGUUUCAAAGGUUAUUCUUCUGACUUUCUGUGAAAGGAAACAUUUCAUGUAAUGGAGUUAUAGUGAACACUGGAAAGACUUAUAAAAUUAUAUUCUUGUAUUCUUUGUAAAUUAGUCUCUCAUUCGGGUUG